AUGAGCAAUAAAUACAGGCUUGACAAUUCCUCUGCAAGCCAGCAGGGCUCAGCAAGCAAGCUGGAAUAUGGCAAUAUAUCAGAAGAGCUCGAAAAUACAAUUGGCCCACAUGACGGUUUAGGUCCAUCAGGUGACAAAAACAACGAGAUAGGGGUCGUCAGUAGGCUGAGCAAUGACUCAGAGUUAGCUGCAGAUAGGCUGAAGCUGAACAAGAAAGUGGUGAUGAAAAUAGAUCUGGUAAUACUUCCGUUCUUGACGUGUUGCGUUUUCUUGCAAAUUUUGGACAAAAACUCGCUGUCAUAUGCGGCUAUUUACGACCUAAGGACAGAUCUGAAUUUACAGGGCCAAGAGUACAGUUGGCUUGCCACUAUUUUUUACAUCAGUUAUUUGUUCAUGCAAUUUCCCGUCUUUUUCUUACUUCCAAAGAUAAAAAACUUACCGGGAUUUAUGUCAUUGCUCCUGAUUGGAUGGGGCGUUCUUGUUAUGCUUUUGGCCGCAUGCAAGAACUUUGCUGGAUUUGCCACUUUGAGAUUCUUUUUAGGGGUGUUUGAAGCUGCUCUUCAGCCCUGUUGUAUCAUCCUGUCGUCAAGUUGGUAUACCAAAAGGGAGCAACCACUUAGAAUGGCUAUGUGGUCUAACACUUUUGCUGGUAUUUUCAAUGGUAUCUUUGGGUAUGCUUUUGGUCACUGGAAUGCCAAAUUACACAUCUGGCAGUAUAUGUUUAUUGUUUAUGGAGCUGUCACGAUUGUCUUUGGUCUAUUCACUUACCUUGUUGUUCCAAAAGACAUUGAGUCAGCUUGGUUCCUCAACAAAAAAGAGAAGGAGUGUGCAGUUGCAAGAAUUGCUACAAACCAGACCGGUAUCCAUAUCGGUGUGGACCGCUUGGAAUGGUCACAGAUGCGUGAAAGUAUUUUUGAUGCAAAAUACUGGCUCAUCAUAGUCUUCAUCAUCGUGCAGAACUUUGUUAAUUCUGGUAUCACGAACUUCAACACCUUCAUCAUCAGAGGGUUCGGAUUCUCUAAUUUCAGAACUAUGCUUCUGGCAACUCCACAAGCAAGUGUUGCAAUGGUUGUUUCACUUUUGGCAGCAGCGGCAACCUAUUUCAUUAAAAACAUAAGAUGUGUUUUGAUCUGUUUUACCUCAGCAGUUACAAUGACGGGUAUCAUAAUGAUUUGGAAAAUAUCCCCAGAAACACACAGAAAUGCGUGUCUGGCAGCAGUUUAUAUCUGCGGCUUCUUCAAUACCCCUUAUGUUCUUGCUCUGUCUCUAUUUUCCUCGAAUACCAGUGGCGCCACUAAGAAAGCAUUCACUUCUUUUAGCGUUGGUGUAUUUUACGCAUUAGGAAAUUUAAUAGGCCCUCAAUUUUUCCUAAACUCCGAGAGUCCUACUUACCAGACUGGUAUCAAGGCUAUGCUGGCAGCUUGUGUUAUUAUGAUUUUCUGCGCCGCCAUGUAUGCAUUUCUCUGCACUUUGGAGAACAGAAAAAGAGACGGAGAGCACCUAGAAGACCCCCAGAAUGUUAUAACUGCCAUAGAGAUUGGUGAGGAGGUGGACAGACAGAACUUGACCGAUGUCCAGAACAGACACUUCCGUUACACGAUUUAG